GACCCCCAGCCCAUAACAGACCAGGACGUCAGCGAGUACAGGGAACAGGAUCGCUUCCUGCCAAUAGCCAAUGUCUCUCGUAUCAUGAAAAACUCGGUGCCACCCACAGCCAAGAUCGCAAAGGACGCCAAGGAAUGCGUUCAGGAAUGCGUCUCCGAGUUUAUCUCCUUCAUUACCUCCGAGGCCGCAGAAAAGUGUCAGAUGGAGAAGCGCAAGACCAUAGGCGGAGAGGACAUCCUUUACGCCAUGGCCGCCCUGGGAUUUGACAACUACGCCGAGACGCUCAAGAUCCAUCUCGCAAAACUGAGACAGGUGCGUAGCGUCCGA